AUGAACAGCUAUUCUAUCAGGCCCCUUAAAGUCUUCACUAUGGAUUAUGACCAAGCUAAUGUUAACUCUUCGGUUGCUUACAAUAGAAUGCCAUAAACUUAUUUACUUAAAAGAAUUAGAAAGAGGAAGCCAUAUCACUAUAUAAAUAGUGGGAUUAGAAGGUACCUUCUUUAUUUAGUUAAAGAUCUGAACUUCUCAAUUAAGGAUGCCGCUAGUACGCUAAAUAUCAAUUAUUCAACCGCUAAAACUAUCAUCUAAGUAUAUAAAAAGACUGGUAGAAUCGAUAAAGUUGAUAAACACUUAGAGAUAUAACACCAGCUGCACUAUGCGAAUUAGCAGCUAUCUCUGGAAAUUUCAGAGAUGUUUAACCCCCAUUAUAAAAUGCAAGAUAUGAAAAAAUACUAUCACAUGCCUGAGGCUGAUCGAAUUGGAGACAAUUACGGAAACUCGCAAUAAAUGCCCCUAAUUAAUGAUAAUAAAAAUAUAGACUACCAUAAUUAUUUGAAUAACAAUGAUCAUUUGAAUCACAGUAUGAAUUAAGAACCUAUUAAGUAGAGUUACACCUCUUCCAACCAACAAUCGUCCUCAUUGUCAUUAACCAAUGCGAUGUUUUAAUAAUUACCCAGAAGGGAUGUAGUAGAUUUAAAUCAGAUGAUUUGCCCUUACGAGGCGACGAAUGACGACACUCAAGAGGAAAUAUAAAGUAGCUUUUUUGAACGUACAAUAAAUGAUGACCUUAAGGAGUAGGGACAGAUGAGAAUUUUUUUCAACUUUAAAGCCUAUUCUGAAUGA